UUGGCGCUAGUGACGUACUGUAAGCAAACACAUAAUCUCCCGUUAAACCUCAAGCGAAAAUAAAUCUUUUUGAUCAAUCAGUGGGGGAGGAACAAAAGCGACCAGCUAGAGAUUAGACAGAUACGUCCUUCGUGUCCCCCCUCUCCCUCUCCCUCACCUCUCACCAAUCACCCCGCCAACUGAUCCAUAGAUCUGAUUUGCUUCUUCUCUACCUUCUUAUCUUCUCCUCCUCUCCUUUUCCAAUCUACUAUCACAAUAUCUUCGCCCGAUUCUGCUGGGCGAAGCGCGUCCACCUAUCCUUCCUCGUUGCUCUGCUGUUCCUUGGUUCUUUCGCCGUGGAUUCCUUGUUGAUUCUUGGAAGAUGCGAGUAUGCGACCCCGUGGGGGUUGGUUUUAGCAACCAAUCGUGGUUGAGUUCAUCUCGCUCUUCUCCCAUUUGUUUGACUGCGGUUUCCGGCAUGAAUUCUUGAUUGCGCCGGAGCUUCUUGCUCGGAGCAUGCGACAAGAUUAGCCUCCGUGAAGAAUUCGCGGGAGAAGCGCGGUUCUUGGUGGUGCUGUGGCGGCAAUGGCGUCCAGGGACUUCUUGGGCGUGUUCGGCGGCCGUGGAGGGGAGGCGGCGCAGCCGGAGGACGCGGCCGGCGGCGGCGAGUCGGACGACAUUGAGCUGAACCUGGGCCUGUCCCUGGGCGGCCGGUUCGGCACGGAGACCAAGCGGCUAAGGCUGGUGCGCUCCUCGUCCAUCGCCACCGUCUACUCGGUGCCCUCCCUGGACGGGGACGGCAACGGCCCGUCCCCCGCGGCGCCGCCGCCACUGAUGCGCACGAGCUCGCUGCCCACGGAGCCCGAGGAGGAGCGGUGGCGCCGCCGCGAGAUGCAGAGCCGGCGGCGCCUCGAGGCCCGCCGGAAGCGCAUCGAGCGGCGGAGCUCCAUUGGCUCCUCUCCCUCGGGGCCGGCAAAGCGCGGCAGAGAGGACGCUGGCGACGCGCCUGCCGUGGUUAACGGGUUGCAGCUGAGGAGGUUGAUUGGGCCUCAGGGGAGCAGCUCUGCCAACACAACAGAGCAAGGUCCUGGUGGAAGUGCAUUUUGCCAGUCCACAGAUGCGAGGAGUCCAUCAACCUCAGAUAAUACCAAUCAAAAUAACAUGCUUCCUCCUCCGACCACAGCAACGGGGAAGCCACCAAACGGCACCACGACUGAGCAGCCUCGACUGCGGACGCUUGGGUCCCUGACAACGAGAACGAGCAGCACCAGCGACUUCAAGAAGAUCAUGAUGGAGGACAUGCCAAUGGUCUCAUCCAAGGUGGAAGGGCCUAACGGCAGAAGGAUUGACGGCUUCCUGUACAGGUACAAGAAAUGCGAGGAUGUGAGGAUAGUCUGCGUAUGCCAUGGUAGCUUCCUCACCCCUGCAGAGUUUGUGAAGCACGCUGGUGGCGGUGAUGUCUCGAACCCGCUUAGGCAUAUUGUCGUCAACCCCUCGCCGUCGGUGUACUUGUAAUGGUGAACUAGACCUAGAGAGGUCUUUCUUGGUGUUGUUACCUAUUGUGUUGUAACCUGUAGGCUCCCUGUUCCCUUGAGUUCAACGCAAUAGCGGUUUACGUAUAUUCAGAGAAUGACAGGAAAUUCAUAUCAUAUGCAAAUGUUGAUACGCUUGUCUACAAUUAGGCGAGGAUUUAAUUGCUGGACUGCAAGAUGCGA